AUGGCCGACGAGAAACCCAACUGCAAAGUUAUCCUCGCGAACAAUAUCGCCAAAAGUGUUCUCGAAGAGAUCCGCGAUGGUCUGAAGAGCAUUGGACGCAAGCCAUUACUUGUUGGCUUCCUGUCGAGCGCGGAUCCUGCCGCAAGGGUCUACGCAGAAUGGACGGGCAAGACGUGCACUGAAAAUGGCUUCGCCUUUGACCUGCGAGAAGUCGAUCGCGAACUCCUCGAAGACUCCCUCAUCGACGCGAACAACGACCCUGCCGUCGAUGGCAUCAUUGUCUACUACCCGAUCUUCGGCAACCGACAAGACCAGUACUUGCAGCAGAUUGUCUCCAUUGACAAAGAUGUUGAAGGGCUCUCUCACCGCUACAUCUUCAACAUGUAUCAGAACAUCCGCUUCCUCGAUCCCGCGAGCACCAAGAAGAGCAUUUUACCCUGCACCCCACUCGCUGUCAUCAAGAUCUUGGAAUACCUACGAGUCUACAACAUGAUCUUGCCAUAUGGAAACAGGCUGCACGGGCGCACCAUUACCGUUAUCAACAGGAGCGAGGUUGUUGGGCGGCCUUUGGCAGCGCUAUUGGCAAACGACGGCGCGUGUGUGUACAGUGUGGAUAUCGCUGAUGUGCAGCAGUUUACAAGGGGUGAGGGUUUGCGUAAGAGGAGACAUGAGGUCGUCGAGAAGCCUGGCUGGACACUCGAAAACUGCUUGCCCAUCAGCGACGUGGUCAUCAGCGGCGUGCCCGGCGACAAGUACAAGGUGCCCUUGGAAAAGAUGAGGGAUGGUGCAGUGUGCAUCAACUUCUCGAGCGAAAGGAACUUCACUCCUGAAGUCAAGGAGAAGGCGUCGAUAUACGUUCCUGCCAUUGGCAAGGUCACAAUCGCGGUUCUGCUGAGAAACUUGCUGCGUCUCGCACAGAACAAGAUCGAUGCGGCAGCACAAGGGUCGGGCAGUACUUCAUCUGAAGACAAGCAUGACCCCACAACUGCGUAA